AGUUCCGCGAGGUGCGCUGAGCAGUGAGGUGCCUGUGUGCAGUCGAACUGGUGAUGCGUAUGAGCGCAAGCCAGCGGGGAUCUUUGUGCACCAUGUGCGAGGAGGUCGGUAGCGAGGUCGAGCGAGACCGAAGAGCGGGUUCAUGUUCAGUAGCCCGCCUGAUGCCGUUCGCGACUCGCGGAGGCGACUUUGACGUGUCCGCGAAUUCGCGAGUAUGAAGGCGUCUUGCGCGACAUCCUCGUUGCAUACCUUUCCCCUUCUCACCCUCCCCUUCAUUCUCUCCACGACCAUGCAGAAAGGAUCCUGUGCUUGCGGCGCCGUGACGUACGAGCUCGACGACGACACUAAAGCCGCGGGACUCUGCUACUGCCGCGACUGCAUGAAGACCGGUUCGGCGGGCGCCCUCGUGCUCCGCUCCGCCCAGAGCAAGUUCCGCGUCUCAGGCCAGACCCAGCAUUGGGCGACGAGCCAGACGCAGAGCGGCAAGGAGGCGCGCCGCUUCUUCUGCCCGUCCUGCGGCGUGCACAUCUGGGCAGAAAGCGACGCGUAUCCCCAGCUCGUGACGAUCAAGGUCGGCACACUUGACGACUACGCCGAUGUCACGCUGGCGAUGGAGGUCAACACCGCCAACGCCAUCAAGGCGUUCCAGCCUCAAAGAUGUGGGCCAGAAGCGCAUCCCGUAGACUGAGCUGUAGCCGUGUCGUAAUGGCCGUGUGUCAACGUGUUGAGAUGUGAUCGAUGUGAGACAUGCUGCGGAAU